GGGUAUACACCACAAGUUAUCAUUAGAACAUGUGCACUGAUGGAUUGAUGGCAGAUUCGAUUGCAUAAAACAUACAGAAACCGAAUGAUUACAUUUAAGACGUUGUAAGUGAACAGCUCCUGAAGAAAAUAUGCUUUCAAACAGUAAUCACAACACAGUGUAAACUAUUGGAAACGAUUGAAUAGCAACAGUAGUAAUAACCAGUAAUCGCCACCCAUGUCUUCGAUGCUACCGAAACCACCAAAUCCGGAUGACAAGCCAAAAUUGGAUCCAUCCAAGACUACCGGGGUCUUUUUCCAAAAUUUGGACCUAGAUGAAAUGGCCAAACAUUUCAUUGGCAACAAUAACAGAUUUAGAGAGAACAUCAUAAUACCAAAAGUCUAUGGUGCGGUGCAGAUCAAAACCAACGAGGAGAAACUGGUGGAGGCGGCUUUCGAGAGUUGUGCGUUCAAAUCGGUGAUGAGCUGUGUCCUUGGUUAUGGGCUGGGUGCAGCUAUUGGGCUGUUCAGUUCGUCGGUCAAUCCGAGUAUAGCGGAUCCGCUGGCAGCGGAGAAGCAGCAAACUGCUCGCGAAAUCUUUCGUGAUAUGCGGCAAGCGACGCAUUCGUAUGGUAAAAACUUUGCCGUUAUCGGGGCCGUUUUUGCUGCCGUCGAGUGUAUUAUUGAAUCGAAACGAGGUGUAUCCGACUGGAAAAAUGGAACCUAUGCUGGAGCAGUCACUGGAGGACUUAUUGGUGUAAGAGCUGGAAUUAAAGCUGGUAUUGUAGGAGCUGCUGGCUUUGCGGCAUUUUCCACUGUUAUUGAUUACUAUAUGAGGCAUCGAGGGUAACACAACUUCUAAACAGAGCGCUUAGGCAUGUGUUGCAUGUUACUUGAAUCAUUGAGCAACCAAAGGUCUAAUAAAGGGUAGUUAUUAUUAAUCGAAA